AUGUUAAGUUUAAAUAGUCAAAAUUUAUUAUUUAGUGGUAAUAAAAUAAAUAAUAGAUUAAUGAAAAAUAAUGUCGAUAUUAAUAAUGAUGAUGGUGAGGAUAAUUUGAAGCAAUCGAACAAUAUUUAUUUAAAAUAUAAUAAUGGUAAUGUAAAUAAAAAUGAACAAGAAGCUACAACGUGUGUUAAAAUUGAAUUAAAUGGUAUUAAACGUCCUGGUGAAGAUGAUAAACGUAAAGAUAAACGACGGCAUAUUUCAAUCAGUUCAAGCGAUCAAGUUAAUAAUUUAAUUGUUGUUAAAAAUAAUGAAUUAAUUAGUAAUAUUAUUAACAACUUUAAAGAUGAUAAAUCAAUUAAUGGUUGA